AUGAAUCUCUUCUCUAACGCCUGCGAGAGCUUCGGUCUGGUCAUCAGCACGCAGAAGACGGUGGUCAUGCACAAACCGCCACCCAACACUGCCCACAAUGCGCCGCAAGUCAGCGUGAACAGAGCCCAACUGGAAGUGGUGGAGAAUUUCACGUAUCUGGACGGCACCCUCUCCCGAAGCAUUAAAAUCGACGAGGAAGUGGCCUGCCGGAUUUCCAAAACCAGUCAGGCCUUCGGUCGUCUUCAAAACGCAGUUUGGAAUCGUCCCGGUCUUCAUUUUAGCACGAAACUGAAGAUGUACAAGGCAGUCAUCCUAAUGACGUUGCCGUAUGGAGCAGAGACCCGGACGGUGUACAUGAAGACGGCACGUAACUUUAGCAUUCUCCACCUCAGUUCUCUUCGUUGAAUACUGAUACCGAGGUGGCAGACGCUGAUCCCAGACACGGACGUACUGGAGCGGACGGGAAUCCUCGGUAUUCACACAAUGCUGGGACAACAAUUACGCUGUAGCCGCCACCUUGUACGGAUGGACGAGAGGCUACUCAAACGACUCUUCUAUGGGGAUGUCGAGACGGGUUCACGACGACAAGGAGGUCAAGUCCAGCGCUAGGAGGAUACUCUGAAAGCCUCCCUGAAGAGCCUGCAGAUCAAUCCGGCAAACUGGGAAGACCUUGCCCGGGACCGGUAAAUGCACCACACACCGAUUGGAGACCACUUUAGCUUGGCCCACGGGCCUAAAAUGGGCUGUCAUCACUGAUCCAGGGACUUUCAGGCAUGACUGGACGCAGUCAACAUAAGCUGUGGCUUCGUCAGCGACCACUGCCGCCUGUCCUCUUCCUAAAACUUGGGAUUUGACCCGAAGUUGUAGCGCACUGAGCACAUACAACACGGCGCUGAAGUGAAUACUGUAGAAAGUUUGUCUAAUUGUACUAAAUUUCACUUGAAAAUCAAUUAUUACUUGCCAUGAAGUAGCCUCAAGGUCAUUUGAUAAAAAACCUAUUUAUCCAUGUAUUACUGGGUUAGUUAUUGGGAGCAGAGAAGUUAGGAUAGAUUUAACUUGGCCGAAAGACCUGGUUCCUCACAAUACAAUAAGUAUAUAUGCAUAUUAGAAGGAAAGGGUUCUUAGGGAAACAGUAAAAUUUUUUGUUUAAAUUUCUAAGACUGGUUCUCCAGCUCGUCUUCAGACUAUGGGAUUAUACAAAACAGUUGCCUUCUAAACUGAGCCUGGCAAAGGAUUCCAUGAUUGGCUAAAGUCGAGACAAUGCGUGUUAUUUGCAAUUCGUCAUCUCGUUUUCUUCAAAUCAUACGUAUGAAAUUCGAGUGGGAUGCUCUGCUUUAUGCUCGACGAUGGUAAAAAUAUGCAAUUCGCGAAAGUUUAACGCAGGAGCAAUUAUCAUUCUUACACCGAUGUCGAAGCGCGCCUUUCGAAUUCGGUUUGAAAUUUCGACCUCCGAUGGAUUUGCUUUUUCCGGGAUUUCUGCCUACUGGACGCUCUGCGGGCCCAUUUGGAUUAAGAAAUUGAAGCGUAAUCAGCAAUUCCUCGGACGAUCCACUCAGAACUCCGACAGAACUUUCUUUGGGACGACCAUACUCCUUCGUAUCAAUUCUUUGCCAACAGCACCGCGGGGUUCUCCAGAUCCAGAAGCGGCUGAGUCGUUUGAUAUUUACUUCGUAUUUUUGGCUUGGUUAAAAAGCUUCUCCUACACCUUUAAAUACUUCGCUCAUACCUAGAAUCCCUUCCUUAUCAUUUGAAUUAAUAAUGGGAGUCGACAAAACACCAUCAGGACAAUGUGCGAAAAACUGGCCGCAAGUGGGACUCGAACCCAUGUCCAGUCGUAGGGUGACCAGCGAGAUGACCGCUAGACUAUCGGCGCACGGCCAGCAGACUGAAAUAAAUAAGGGAGUAAACAUUAUUCGUAGUACAAACGACACUAUGUAUGAAGGAAAGUCUAUUAAGAAGGCCUUGCCACCUAGGAUUAGCGCUCGCUCUCUUUAUAGUUGCAACCAGGGGCCCGCAAAGCGCGCUAAAAGCGUUAUCACAGCAAAACCUGUUAGUUACGAGGACGAGCCGUGCACUGGAUGCUCAUUUAUUCUGCUGAAAGUCCAAAAACUCGAAAAAGAGUUGACUGCUUUAAGGGAACUCGUGCAAGCGAAUGAUAGUGUGCAAAACGCGGUGAAUAGCGUUAAAGUUAGCAAGAAAAAGGGAAAGAGCAAAACUCUAAAACAGCCAAAGAACAAAGCAUGUGGAAAACCUCUGUGCAAGAGUGCCGAUACCCAGGACGAUGGGAAAAUAACAACGGAGUCUCUUGUUUCUAUGGGAGACAACCCAAGCGAGCCAUCAACUUCUCUCAGUUAUUCCACGUGUUCAAUAGGACCCUCAGUUGGAAGUGAGGAAACAAGCUCAUGGCAAGAUGGAAAGCGUAAGCGCCACAACGGGAGUAUAGAACCCCAGACGACUCCGGUGGAUCUUCUGAGACCUUCAGCUGACAAGGCCACCGGAAACAGAAAAAAUGAACCCCUUGAUCGUCAGCACUGCGUAGUCGUCCAGGAUCUAUGGGAGUCGGAUGCUACUACCCUCAAGGAGAGGAUCUCCGCUGACCUUAAUAUGCUUCAACACCUAGUGAACAAAAUGCUUAAUUCGAAUGAAAAGAUAACCAUUCGCGCAGCCUUCAGGAUCGGAAAGAAGGUGAGCGAACAAUCAGAAACUGUGCGGCCACGACCUCUGAAAAUUGUUUUGAACAGUAAAGAGGAAGCUAGCUUACUUUUGUCCAGGAAAAGCAGCCUCCGAAACUCGCACAAGGAAGUUUUUUUUCAGCCGGACUAUUCUCCAGCGGAACGUCUGAAAAGCCGCGAAUUGGUAACGGAGUUGAAGAGGAGACUUGCAGCGGGAGAGAGCAACUUGGCCAUUUUCAGGGGUCGAGUAAUACAGAGGAACGCGAUGUUGUUUUGGAACCAGCCAGUCAUCAUGAUGGCGGCAGCAACAUAA